AGGGAGGGGCGGUCUGGGUGCCCUCGGCUUGCCAAGGGUUAAAAGGAGCAGAGCGGGAUUCCUAGAGAGGACAGGAAGGGGAGGGCGGGGGAGGGCAAGGUCCUCCCCAGCAGAAGCCCCUCCCUGCCCAGUCCCUUCCUGCGAGCAACGAGGAGGCUGCUUUGUUCUCUCUGCUUUGCAAAAACUUCCUCGGUGCCCCUCCUGGAAUCUGGACCCUGCAGCUUGUGGUGGCUCCUUGACUCCUCAGGAAGGAUGAAAGAGACUGAAUCUGUAAACCUAGCGAGGAUGGAAGGGGGAAGAUGGACAGUUGACCUGGUCAGGUUGUCUCCUGCAUCCCUCCUCACAGCCUCUGAGCGUUCCCUCCCAGGGACCUCCGAGAGAUCUGAUGGUGAUGAAUGGGAAGGGAAGAACAAGGGAGACCACAACAGAAUCCACAUAUCGGAGAAAUCAAAUAAAUAUUCAGAGUAUGGAGAGAACAUCGGCCAGAGCUCCCAGUCCACCUCCAAUCAACGAAAGAGCUUUAUUCGGAGGGAUAGCCUCACUUCACAUGAAAGAAUUCACAGAGGAGAGAAAUUGUAUCACUGCAGAGAAUGUGGAAAGAGCUUCAAUCGGAAGGACAGUCUCACUUCCCAUCAAAGAAUUCAUACGGGGGAGAAACCCUAUCAGUGCUUAGAAUGUGGAAAGAGCUUUAGUCACAGAUCACAUCUCACUUGCCAUCAAAGAAUUCAUACAGGGGAGAAACCCUAUCAGUGCUUAGAAUGUGGAAAGAGCUUUAAUCAAAGCAUACAUCUCACGUCCCAUCAAAGAAUUCAUACAGGGGAGAAACCCUAUCAGUGCUUUGAAUGUGGAAAGAGCUUCAGUGCAAGCAGCAGUCUCACUUUGCAUCAAAGAAUUCAUACAGGGGAGAAACCUUUUCAGUGCCUGGAAUGUGGAAAAAGCUUCAGUCACAGCCACAGUCUCACUUCCCAUCAAAGAAUUCAUACAGGGCAGAAACCCUAUCAGUGCUUGGAAUGUGGAAAAAGCUUCAGUCACAGCCACAGUCUCACUUCCCAUCAAAGAAUUCAUACAGGGAAGAAACCCUAUCAGUGCUUGGAAUGCGGGAAGAGUUUCAGUCACAGUCAGAGUCUCACUUCCCAUCAAAGAAUCCAUACAGGGGAGAAACCCUAUCAGUGCUUGGAAUGUGUGAAGAGCUUCAGUCGAAAGGACAGUCUCACUUCCCAUCAAAGAAUUCAUUCAGGGGAGAAAUCCUUUCAGUGCUUGGAAUGUGGGAAGAGCUUCAGUCACAGACAGAGUCUCUAUUCCCAUCAAAAAGUUCAUACAGGAGAGAAACCACAUCAGUGCUUGGAAUGUGGAAAGAGCUUCAGUCAAAGUCAGAGUCUCUAUUCCCAUCAAAGAAUCCAUACAGGGGAGAAACCCUAUCAGUGCUUUGAAUGUGGGAAAAGUUUCAGUCAAAGCUCCCAUCUCAUAAUCCAUAAAAGAAUCCAUACAGGGGAGAAACCAUACCAGUGCUUGGAAUGUGGGAAGAGCUUCAGUCACAGAGAACAUCUCAUUUGCCAUCAAAGAAUCCAUACAGGGGAGAAACCCUAUCAGUGCUUGGAAUGUGGAAAGAGCUUCAGUCAGAGAACCCAGCUCGCUUCCCACCAAAGAAUCCAUACAGGGGAGAAACCCUAUCACUGCUUUGAAUGUUCAAAGAGCUUCAGUCACAGCAAGAGUCUCGCUUUGCAUCACAGAAUCCAUACAGGGGAGAAACCCUAUCAGUGCUUGGAAUGUGGAAAGAGCUUCAGUCAGAGAACCCAUCUCGCUUCCCAUCAAAGAAUCCAUACAGGGGAGAAACCCUAUCAGUGCUUGGAAUGUGGAAAGAGCUUCAGUCAAAAGGACAGUCUCGCUUUUCAUCAAAGAAUACAUACAGGGGAGAAACCCAAUCACUGCUUGGAAUGUGGGAAGAGCUUCAGUAAGAGCGCCCAUCUCGCUUCCCACCAAAGAAUCCAUACAGGGGAGAAACCCUAUCAGUGCUUUGAAUGUGGAAAGAGCUUCAGUCACAGCCGCAGUCUCGCUUUGCAUCACAGAAUUCACACCAGAGAGAAAUCUUCUUAGUGUUUGGAAUGUGGGAAGGCCUUCAGUCAGAGUGCCACUCUCAUGGCCCACCAAAUAAUUCAUACAGGAUAAAAUUUCCCUCGUAAAAAAGUCAAUUCAAGAACUCACAGCAUGGUGAAUAAUAGAAUGGUAGAUUCGGAAUCUAGUCCAACACCUGCCAACGCAGAAAAAAAUCAUUUCAAGCAUCCAUGACAGAUGGCCAUCCAACUUCUUCUUAUAGACCUCCAAUGAAGGAGAGUCCACCCCCUUCUGAGGGAGUUCCUUUUCACUGCUGGCUCUUACUAUCAGAAAGUUCCUCCUGAUCUUUAGGAGACAUCUCCUUUUGUGUUGCUUGAAUCACCUCUUCAGAUUCCUUCAUGACCUUGAGAAGGACUUCUGUAAGUCUGAGAAUGUCCAGGGGAUUGGACCAUGCUCUAUAUUUGGGGGGAAACCCAUGGAGAGGAGUCUGAUAUAGGGCUUAAGUCGUCUAGGCAUUGGUCAGAUUGUCAUAAUUACAGACAUACUUACUGGUUUGGACGGAAGUGAUUCUUAUUCCAGGGGAAGUGGUGACCCUGAGAUUACAGGUGCUCUCACCAAUAUUGUCCAAACGUCCAGUAAAACUUUGACACAGCAGACCAAUACCCGCUGAGGUCAAUGUAUUAGGAGGUUAGGUUUAGGGCCGUGUGGUAUUGCUUCAUUGUAUGUGGGGUCCCUAUAAAGGGAACUUCUUCCUCUAGGUGGGAGGGAGACUGGUCAAUUUACCAUCAGUUGAAUGCAACAUUUAAGUCAGAUUUUUAAAAACGGAUUUGCAGAACAAAACUCACAGUUUGAAAGGCAGUUAUUAGGCUCCAGGGUUAAAAUAUUAUCUAAAUGUUACUGGAGUGGGAUACAAAGAAUGAAAUGAUAAAAUCAUGAAUGAGAAGCUGGGCCAGAGAUGUAGGACAAAACAUUGACUUUGCUUUAUGGGAGCAACUGUGGAAAGUAAAUUUAAGAUUUACAGCUAGCUACAUGCUAAGGGAAAACUUCAUGAAGAUGAUUCAGAGGAGUCAAUCAAGAUCAUCAAGGGUCUGAAACCAAGCCAUAUGAGGGGGGCUUGAAGGAACUGGGGGGGUGCGUAUCUAUUUCAAGUGACGUUUGCCGAAAUCUACGCUUGCAACAUGGGCUGUCAUAUGUCCAGAUUUUCCCGGACAUUUCAGCAAUUUCCGCCCAGACGCUGCUUACAAUUCUGGAUAUAUGGCAACCAUGUCUGUAUACAGUGGUACCUCGGUUUUCAAACAGCUUAGUUCCUGAACAACUUUGAACUCAAAUGCUGCAAACCUGGAAGUCAGUGUUCCAGUUUGCGAACUUUGCUUCGGAAGCCGAACGUGCUCCUGAGCCUUUUUCACUGUUGCGCUGCUAAUUUGCAUCCCCCCAUUGUAAUCAAAGCCUUCCAUUUCCAAUUGCAGUGUUCUGAGGUGAUAUUUGGAGCUUUUAUUUGGUGCUUUUGUUUUUGCUAAAA